AUGGCUCCUCAGGACAAGACGCAAAAGGGCAGGAAGACCCGCUCAGCUCUGAACGAUGUGGUGACUCGUGAGUACACCAUCCACCUGCACAAGCGUGUGCACCGCAUGCAGUUCAAGAAGCGCGCUCCGAAGGGUGUGAAGGAAGUCGUCAAGUUUGCGCAGAAGACGAUGGGCACGAACGAUGUGCGUCUUGACCCCAAGCUCAACCAGGAGAUCUGGAAGCUGGGUGUGAAGGACGUGCCUCGCCGUAUCCGUGUCCGUCUUGAGCGCAAGCGUAACGACGAUGAGGAUGCUAAGGAGAAGCUGUACACGUACGCCACGCCUGUGCUUGGCAUCACGAACUUCCACGGUCUGCAGACGACUGUGAUUGAGCAGGACGAGUAA